CAUUCCAUCAACCACACAUGUACCAAUUACAAGACACUGUUACUGUACUUACACGUUGAUUGUAUAGCUAGCUAGCCGGCCGCCGCUAGAAGCAAGUUAUAGUUAUAGUGGAGCUCUAAAGGACAAGACAGCCCGGCCUAGCUCUGUGCACAGGAAGAAGCGAGCACUAAUCAAUGUUUAUCAAUACAAGAAGGGACUGUCAAAACUUUCCUGAAGUUUAAUACUAUUCGGAGCUGUACAAAGAAGUGCUUGUGUCGAGACAUGCCACUCAUGAGGCCCUCUAAGACAAGCAAGGGGGAACGCAAAGAUGAUACUCUGAAAGCCUCUAAAGGUGGAAAGUACACAAGAGUUGGUCCAGUUUCACCACACGUUUCAGAUUUCUAUAACACGAGUAAUGUGAACCGACAUCCUACGGCAAUCCGUCGCGCUGAACACGUUACGUCUGGGCGUGACCGAAGUGCUCGCUCCCUCUCUGUACCGUCCCUCCACUCUACCAUAGACUCACGUACCAAGUACUCCCCACCCCUCUCCCCUCCCAAGCCACGAUCCAGGAGCGUGCGAGAUCCUAACUCAACAGCCAAGAAGUCUCACUCAUUCAGAAGAGCUAUCCAGCAAAUAUUUGGUUCUCAUUCUGACCUUGAGAACGGCAGUGGGCUAUGGGCGAGUGAGAGGCACCAGACAGAAGGUACCUACAGACCACUCAACCCUCUGCGACCCAAGUCCAUGGGAGAGUCUUCAGAUUGUUCCAACUCUUCAGCACUGUCGAGAGAGAACUCACUUCGGGACUCUAGUAGGAGCAGACUUAAAGAUGGUGUGUUUUAUCAUGCUGCCAGACAACCAUCCACUGAUUCCAACGAGUAUCCGACAGAGCCACGCCCAAUCUCAAUGCCACACCUCCCCCGGGCUGACAUGACACGAUCAAACUCUAGCAUAUCUCUAAAAAACCUACACACCAAACCUGGACCCCCUGACACUCGUUACUUCUCUGUUGCUGGUACUACGCCCGCCACCUCUGGGUAUUCAGACAUGAUCGAGGGGUACUCACAUCGCCCCCCUAAACCAGUACGCCAUCUCACCAGACAAGGGACCAGUGAAGACCCAGAGAGCCAAUGGGAAGAUUCCAGCUCAUUCCUCUUCAUGAAUGGUCCAGUAUUGCCCAGUCACCCGGAGUACAGGCAGGUUGCUCAAGACCUCAUGAGUAUCUCACCUAGCAAGCCACAGACUGACCCUAGACGCAUGUCUGAUGCAAGUGUGGACCCACGACGUGUUUCCAAUGAUUCUGGAGUUGAGAGCCUCUCACUCAACAAGCCCAAUAGGUCGUUACCAACCACACCCAUCGUGCCCUCGUUUAUGAUGGCUGGAGGUCAAAGUGCAGGAACCUCUUCGCCGGAGUUCAGACCAAGCACUCCCCACACACCCCAUGGUUAUCUGUCUCAGGAGAGUAGUCACUCCACCUUGUCAGGCCAUGAGUACAAGAGACAGAGACCAGAGCCUCACCUCCCACGCUGGCCCACCCAGGAGCAGGAGGAGGACCCAGUCGAGCUUCCUCCAGGUUGGGAGUUGGUCAAAUCCUCGCAGUAUGGAACGUAUUAUGUAAACCACAACAAUAAGACGGCCAUGUACCAACACCCACGUCACGCCCUCCCCCCUCCACCCUAUCACCGCCCACACCACUACCCUGAUGAUGAGUCUCGACGACGGACACCUAUUCGUUCCCAUUCUCAUCGUGGCCAAUCACAUCGUGUCCUUGAUUCAAGAGACUCACUCCCAAGAAGGUCAAAGUCCUUCCGAGACCAGGAGGUUAUGGAAGAGGGUGUGUCCCACGAGAGACAGCUGUCCACUAUGACCUUUGUACCCCCUAGCCCCUAUCAGAUCAAAGAAAUUCCUCCAUGGGUUAAGGAAUAUGUGGAGAAGCCAUUUGGCAGUGAGGCAGUCAUCAAGUUGCAGAGUAAGUGGCGGUUGCAUUCAUUGGAGGAGCUCACUGAAGUGGACACUAUGGUCAAGAGACUAUUCAAGAAAGCCUCAGAACAAGUAGUGAGAAACUGUGAAUACUAUCGUGUGGCUAUUCAACAAGAGAUUGAUGAAAGAGCUCGAUUGCAGAAGUUGCACUCUAUUCAGCAGAAGCCGUUCUCCCCUCACGUGCCCUCCACCUUCCGCUAUCCCUCACCCCCCCCAGAGGCACACCCCCCACAAGAGCCACACCCACACUAUGAUCACGUGAUCCACAUUCCUCACACUUACGAGCAAUCGUUUGUACGUCGAGCUAACUCAGGGGGCAAAGGUGACUUAGCGACCUUUCACCCUCAGAAUGGGACCAUCAAAUCACGACUCUCAGAGAACCAAUUUCACACUCUGGAUGAAACUUUUGUAUGAGCUUUUUAUGUUGAUUCGUGCGUGUCUUAUAGACCUUAGUUGUACAAUCACCUUCAGUUUGUAUUAAUGCCUGCAGUCAUACAUUGUGCUGUCACGUCAGCACAUCUCAUCCUGUACAUGCAUCACCAUGCCAUGCCUGGCAAGAGCUGCUCUUUAUUAUUGACAUUAAAAUG